AUGGCAACGUGAACAAAAGUAAAACAAAACUAAAAAAACAAACAAAUAACAAAAUUACUGAAACAACAAAAUCGUUUAAAAUGGGCACAUAACUUAACAACAAUAACAAUAACCAGCAUCAAAAACAACAACAACAACAAAAAUAUAACUUAAGCUUUUUUGAGUCGCAGGAGAACAGCUGCAAAAUAGCAGCAACAAUUUUCAAGCGCAGCCACACGAAGAAUUUCAAUUGAGAGCGAGCGAGAGAGAAGGAGGCAAUAUGCGUCGGUCGCUCCACUGGGCCAUGGGCGCCUGUCUGCUGCUGUUGCUUUGGGCUGCGACGCCAACGCCGACGCAGGCACGUUUCAUUGCGAAAAGAGAAACCCCCAAUGUGGUGGAUAACAUAGGCGUGGAUGCGUCCACAGCUGACCGUGACAUUGUUAGGCCAAGCAGUGAAAGUGCCAGCGGAUCGGAAGUAACAGAAAAUAGAGCAAAGAGUGUAACAGAAGAGGAACCCAACUUAAAAGGAGAUAACAGUAGCAGCUUGGCAGAGCUUAAAGACCAGCCCACAACAGAAGCUGCAAAGCAACAGGCAAAGCUUGCUGUUAUUUCUGACACGGAAACUAGAAGUGAGGAAGCUUUUAAUGCAAAUAUAGUAUCCAAGCAGGAGCAAUUAAGCAUUGUUAAUAACAUCAGCAGCACUGUAGAGGCAUUCCAAGCGACAAAACAGGAGCUUAACAGUAGCAGUGAUAUUCUACAGAAUAUAGAGCUUAGCAACGACAGUACUCUACAGAAUGUAACAGCAACAUCAGCACAAGCAGAAACUGUACAGGCUCAGCUCAAUAUGAAUAAGGAGCUUAAGUCUACAACAGCAAUACCAAAUGUAGAAAUACAGCAAAAGCUCAAGCCACUGUUAACACAACAAACAGAACUGCAGCAAGAGCUUACAACAACAACAGCAACAACAGAAGCAACUAAAGCUCCCGCAACGACCUUAACAGGUCGGUCUGAGGAUCAUGCACGCUCCAUGCAAUUUGUAAGCAGCACUGAAAGCUACUCCCCUCUCCUCCCCGUUACGCCAAUGAAGCUGCGACCACUGCCCAUGACAAGAAAAACGACGACAACAACUACGCAUACACCACUGCUGCUGGCAGCGCUGCUGCAUGCCGGCGUCACUGUUACGCCUAAUAACAUUGCGUCGCAUGAGAAUGUUAUUGAGGAGGAGCAGCUGAAAUCGCAGUUCGAAAAGCGGGCAAAAUUCAUUAGCGACUCGACAAAUUCGACAAAUGCACAGCAGUUGCUGCUGCCCAAUGCAGCCGAGGUGUGGAGCUUAGCUGCCAUGAAAAUGGUGCCCACAACAACAACAACACCAACAACAACCACUUUGUCACAGACCAAUGCUAAUGCCACAGAACUAGCCAAUGAUAUUGAGCCGCAACAGCACCAAAAUCAAACGGAACAGCACAAGGAGAAAAAUCUUUUAGACUGGCAACAGAUAACAUUGAUGCAAACGAGCCAAGAGAAUCAAACAGAGCUGACGAUGAGCACCACAUUGGAUGCCACCGAGGCAGCCACACAGGCAACCACCACCCAAAAAUUAGCUGCUAUGCUAAGUGAAAAGGAGAUGGAAAUGCAAGCAACUGCUAGCAGCGCUGUAACAGCAAGUGGUGUUAAUCAAACAACAACAGAAAGCAGUGCCACAAAUGAGAUAGUGACAACAACCGAAGCUAUUAAGGCGAAGCCAACCUUGGCAGCAGGCGAGUCAACAGCAACAACGACUGAAGCUGUUAAGACAGAGUUAACAGAGAUCAGUUCAAAUGUAACAGCAACUGGAAAUGCAUCGGCUAAGCUAGCGUUAACAGACUUGGCUGUAGAAAUUGUAACUACAGCUGUUAAGCCGGCAUUAAUAGAGGCUGUGAAACCAAACUUAACAGAAGCAACAACAACUGCAACUGUUAAGUCAGCUCAACUAAAUUUGGCACAAGAAACUGUAGCGGCAACUGUUAAGCCAGCAUUAACAGAGUCAGCACAACAAAACUUAACAGAACCAACAACAAUUGCAACUGUUAAGACAGCGUUAACAGACUUUGCAAAGAUUAACUUUGAGCUGCCAAAAACUACAGCAGCUGCAAUAGAGACAGAGACAGAGAAAACAACAACAACAACCAGAAUGCCACCUGCUGCACUGCCAACAGCUGUUCCAGAGCUUCCAGCAAUAACAACAACUGCAACAGCAGCAACAACAACUGCAACAGCAGCAACAACAACUGCAACAACAAGCACUUUAGCAAGUCCGUUGAACGGCACCCGCAAUGCAAAUGAAAUGGCAAUGAAAGCGACGGCGCAUGAAAAUAAUGAAACUGGUGAUAAAAGCAACAAUGUCGACAGCAGCAGCAGCGACGACGACGACGUCAUCAACGUCUCGGUCGCUACGAGCAACGCGCAAACGACGCUGGCGUCAAUUGAGCGCCAGCCAAUAACGGUUAGUACGCGAACAGCUGGCGAAGAGAGCACAACAACAGCGACGACGACGACGUCAACGACGACGACGGGAUUAUUGCACGCAAAGCUUGAUGAACUAUUCGAGACAACAACAACAGCAGCUAUUUCGUUGACUACGCCUACGCCAACGGAAAUUGUCCAAAUUAGCAAUGAAGUGAAUUUACCAGCAAUUCCAAUUAAGAAUGUGACAAAAGAAAAUAGCGAAAUUGAUAUAACUGACAAGAAUAAUGUGCAAACAAGUGGCAUCAACAAUUUGUUGCUAACAAACAGUGCCGAAAAUAUCAAUAACAGUGCUGCAAACAGUCAAACGCCGCAAAUCAAUAACAGUGCUGCUAACAGCGAUACGCUACAAAUCAAUAAGACUCAAAUAAAUAACAGCAAUACAUUUACAACAACAACAACAACACCCACGUCGCUGUUAAUAGAUGAUAAAACUAACGGCAAACUGAAUGAGCAUGAAACAUUGCUGGAAACUAAUAACAUAAGCGAAACGGCUGCAAUCACAACAACAACAACAGCAAAAUCAACAUCAACAACAGAGGCUUCAACAGCAGCAGGUGCUGCAGUUGUCAAUGCUUUGGAUGAGAGUACAGCAGCAACAACAACAACAACAAUAACAAUAACAGCAGCAAAUGACACUGUAACAGCAGUAACAGCUGCAAAGGGUGAAGACUCAGUUUAUGAUGAUGAAGAUGAGCAGCAGAUUGAGCAUGAUACCGUUACAGAGCAACAGUUGGUAAACGAAACAAACAUGGCGACAACAGAGGCAACAACAACAACAACAGCAGCAACAGUAACGAGCACCACAGCUAAAACAAUAACAACAACAACGACAGUAGAGCCGCUUAUUAGCUUGUUGGAUGAUAGCACCACAACAACAACAACGACAACAACUGAAGCCGUAACAACAACAAAAGCAACAACUACAACAACAACGGAGCCUAUUUACAGCUCAACUGUCAUACACAGUAACAGCAUGCUGCCCACCACCACUGUUGUUAACAGUGGCAACGUAGAUCUGUCCACGACGACAACAUUGAUGCCACCACAACUGACUGAAGAAUUGGAUCAGAUGCAACAGCCGCAUGACCACACUGGCACCGAUGUGAACGUCAUCAUUGCGAUAACAGUUAGUGUUAUUGGCGUUGUGGCACUCAUUCUACUCGUUGCCUUCCUUUAUCUGAUGCGCAAGCGUCAAAAGCAGACAUCCUACGGCCAACGAUGUCGUCCCGUCAGUCUCGACGACUACUCCUUGGACAAUGUGUCCGUGCUGGGGGGCAGUGUGCGGCGCAAGGUGCGCGAUUUGCGUGCCUCGAAGCGCACCUAUGGCAAUGCCGCCUUCGAUGAUCCCUCACUGCGGCACAAUGUGCUCAGCGCCAUCGAACUGGGCAAGUUUGUCGAGCGACGCUCGAGCAUCUUUGAGGAGUUCCGCGAUGUGCCGCAGAUCAUUGCGCGAGCUGAUGAGGUCCCAGCGGGAUGUGAGGAUAAAAAUCGUUACGCCAACGUAAUUCCACUUCCUGAGACGCGUGUGGUGCUCCAGCGACAGGGUGACGAUGACAAAACGGAAUACAUUAAUGCCAAUUAUGUGCGGGGACCACGAGAUGCGCCCAAUUAUUAUAUAGCCUGCCAGGCGCCCCUGGAAACCACAACUGGUGACUUUUGGCGCAUGAUCUGGGAGCAGCAGUCGCGGGUGAUUAUCCAGGCAACCGAUCUCAACGAGAACGGCAUUGAGCGCUGUGGGGAGUAUUUGCCGCCAUCGGUGACGCUGGAUAAUCACAGUAGCCACGGCGACUACCAGGUGACGUUGAAGCAUCGCGAGAUCAAGGAUAAAUAUGCGAUCUCAACGCUAAUGCUGAAGCGUGUGGAUGGCGACGAGUGUCGCGAACUCACCCACUACUGGUACAAAUGGCCCGAGACCGGUGUUCCCGUCGAGGAGGCGCCCAUCAUAGCCAUGUUGCUGGAGGCACGCUCCUCCCUCAAAUCGUACGCCCUCGAACAGGCCAAUGAGCUGAAGCACGAGAAGUCCUCAACACUGACGCUCAAAUCGCUCGAGGGCGAAUCGAAGCGGACAAAUCCGGACGGGGCGGAUGCCGAAAAGUGCAGCACAUCCAGUGCGGCAAGCAAUGAGAUUAACGGCAAUGUGGCCAACAAAAUGCCACACAGUCAACAGGGACCGCUAACGAUUCACUGCUCCCCAGGCACGGGCCGUACUGGGACUAUUAUUGCCUGUGACAUGGCUAUAAGGAGCCUGGAGACGCCGAAGCGUUCGGUGGACAUACCACAGCUGGUGUACUAUGUGCGGAGGGGAAGGGCGAGUGCCGUACAAACGAAGGAUCAAUACGAAUUUAUCUAUAAGGUGGCCAAUAUGUAUGCGACCAAAAUCACAAAUCUGUCAAAUGAUAAUUGAGACUUUGCCUCGAGACUCGAGUACACCAAUUGAAGUCCUUAUAUACACGCUGUAUACAUAUUAUAGUCAUAGCCCAUAUAUCUAAAUCCAUAUAUAUAUAUGUCUGUAUUUAUAUUGUAUUCUAUUAGUAUAUUAGAUUAUAUGUAUAUGUAUGUAGUUAAUAUAAUUUUAUACACAUGCAGUUUUCUUUUUGAUUUUGUGCACAAGUGCUUGAAAUUUUCAUUUAAGAAUGUAUGUAUUAUUCCUUUAUUAUUGUGAUAUAUUCGUAUAUUUGUAAAUCUCUUAAAUAAUCUGUUGCAUAUUUAUAAUAAGGCUUUGUUUAUUAUUGCAAUUAUGUUGUGUACAUUUUUUUAAUUUUAAUGAAUGCAAAACAAAAGAAAACAAAACAGUUUCAACUAUUAUUUUCGGCCUAAAUUUGUAUUUGAAAAGAGCUUUAAUGUGUGUAACUUGUUUAAAUAAAUAUUUAGCUAAAAAAAAA